GGAUACAGUUAGAGAUAAUCCACUUCAAAAAUUUGUUUGCUGUCCAUCAAAAUUAUCGUCCCAGUCGUAAUGCUGUCAUAGGUACGCAAAUCCCGUGUCAUCCCAACAUCAGUUGCUCCAAAGUUGUUGCGAGCACAGAAAAGGUGAUCGCCGGAAUCAGUCUAACGCGAGCAACCGAGCAGAUAACAAGGCUGGAGGAAACUUUUGGCGAGCAGUGUUUCUGUGGUCUCACCCCGAACAAUCGAAGAAUACUUCACAUAGUGCUCCAGUGAACCCGCGAUCACCAAAAUGCAUUCACCGGGAUCAUCCGUGUCGGGAUAUUUGCUGCUGAUGUUGGUGCAGAUAGUGUUCAUAAUAGUGUUUGGAUUUUUCACGGAUUACUCAAAGGAUUUGCUACCGCACAAUGCAACCGUUGCGAUCGAAGAGACUCAAGAGGAGAAACCACUGCCGAAAUACCCACACUUCCAAGAUAUCCACGUGAUGAUCUUUAUCGGUUUCGGAUUCCUGAUGACGUUCCUCAAGCGAUACGGCUUCAGUGCCACCGGAUUUAAUCUGCUGGUCGGAGCUCUUGCGAUUCAGUGGGCCAUCAUAAUGCGAGGCUGCUACGAAAUGGAAGAUGGCAAAAUUCCACUAUCGCUGGAUAAUCUCAUCGGGGCUGACAUCGCUGCCGCAUCCGUUUUGAUCAGCAUGGGUGCACUGCUCGGGCGAACAUCACCGAUGCAAUUAUUGGUAAUGGCCAUUCUGGAAAUUGCUAUCUUUGCAGCGAACGAGUUUCUGCAACUCGAGAUGAUGCGGAUCGCCGAUGUCGGAGGCUCGAUUACGGUUCACGCUUUUGGGGCUUACUUCGGUCUCGCAGCAAGCUUUAUCAUGAGACCGAGUAAGGAGAACGCCAAAACUGGACCCAUGGAGGGUUCAUCGUACAGUUCAGAUAUCACAGCAAUGAUUGGUACGAUAUUUCUUUGGAUUUUCUGGCCGAGCUUCAACUCGGCUCUGGUUGAUGGGGCUGAACAGGAACGAGCUAUUAUAAAUACCUAUCUCUCACUGGCGGGUGCUACCGUUACGACGUUCGUACUGUCAGCUAUGGUAGCUCACGAGAAGAAAUUCGAUAUGGUCCAUGUGCAGAAUUCAACUUUGGCAGGAGGUGUGGCUGUUGGGUCAAUUUGCAAUCUUCUGAUCCAUCCAUUUGGCGCUCUCUUGGUAGGAGUAAUCGCUGGAGUGAUUUCAGUACUUGGAUAUCGAUUCCUUACGCCAGCCUUGUUGUCCAAACUACGUAUUUCUGACACUUGUGGAGUUAACAACCUGCACGGUAUGCCAGCUUUGCUAUCAGCGGUGUUCUCUGCCAUUUAUGCAUCCCUUGCAACGACCGAAACUUAUGGCAAUUCGUUAACCAGUAUAUUCCCGGCCAUGAAGGCAAACUCUACACUAACUGAAGAAGACAUGCAUGAAACGGUUAUCGGGGGGUACGGCCGAAGUGCUGCCAAACAGGGGGCUUUCCAAUUAUUGGCAAUUCUACUCACGGUUCUUAUUGCAAUCGUCGGAGGUCUGUUCACAGGACUAAUCAUCAAGUCACCGACCAUGCGUCAACUGGAAAUGGAUGAGCAUCACAAGGAUGACGCUUACUGGGAAACGCCAGCUGAAACGAACUCUACAGAGAAAACCGAUUCGAGCUAAUUGACUUGGGACGAUGACAGGGUCAGUAUUGGCCCAAGUAAAAAGCAUCCAGUCAGUAUUUUUAGAAUAAAACAGCUUUAAGCAUAAUGUGUAAAAGAAAACGAGCUUGAAAUAAGUACAAUGCAAACGUAGUUGCCAUAAAAACAACGAAUAAAUGUUUGAAAACUAUCGAAGAUA